AUGCCACCGCGUCGAAAGCGUCAGCGUGAUGACCAAGAGCCCUGUUCCGUACCAGCAACGACAGACACAGUAAUCCUCAAACAGAUCAAGGUCUACUUCCCGGACCACAGUAUGCCCUUCAUCGUACCCUACGUACUCAACGACGAGCGCGAGCGCUCUGUCGGGGCGCAAGUCCAGUCGAGUAUCGGCAGCAUUGCGCAAGGGAUAAAAGAUGGCCUCGUGGACUGGUUUUUGGUCCCCGCGCUCCUACCCCCAGAUAAUGUGGAGAUCGAACUGAUCCAUCGAUGGUCCUUGGAUCUAUUAUCGGACACGCUUAUUAAGCCAGAUGGGGCUUAUUUGGUGUUCUGGACGCCGGAUUCGUGGAAUGUGAAGGAGCUGGUGAAGAAGGGCUUGGAACUCAUUAAUUCGCGAUCGGAGUGA